CCAUUCAAGGAGCCCCGCCCUGCCGCUCGCCAGCAAGCCGCUGUCGUUUGCUAAAGCUCCAAAGUAUUAUAGAUUAAAAUAAAAAUAAUUUAUUAUUAAAACAAUACCGAUUAUUUAAAAAUAACCGCGAAUAUUAUAAUAUUCAAAUAGUGACUGCACAAUUAAUAUUAAAUAAUAGUAAUAACUAUUAUUAUUAUAUAUAUAAAUAAUAUUUUAUGAUAUUAUAUUACAUAUAAAUAACUAUAGUUAAUAAUAAUAAUAAUAAUUACCUCCACCUAUCGGACACCAUCUUAACACGACUUGGACGCGAGCUGAAAUAAAAAAGUUAAGUGUCAAAAAAAAUAAUAAUACCGGCUUAAGACUGUUGCUGUUCACCUGACAGUGUUCCAUUUUUUCUCUACAUGUUUUGUGUCAUGUGUGCAAGUGAUUAAAAAUUUUUUUAAAAAUCUGCUCGCUGUCAUCUUAAUUUGACGUUUCGCGAAUAAAAUUAAUUUUGAUUAUAUUUAAAUUUAAAUUUAUCACGGAUUGAUAUUUAAAAUAUAUGUGAUAUAUUUCGAGUGGAUUUUGUGUUGUAUAUUUAAAUUGACGAGUGGAAACCAUCUUUAAUAUUUCGGUAUUCGAAUUAAAAAAAAGACGGCUGCGCUUUGGAAAAUUCCCAGGGGUGGCAAAGACAGGAGGAACCGAAGGUGGUGGCAGGGAAAGUAAACAGCGAACUCGGCUGGCGUCAGCAGGUGGCGAGGCUUGAAGGAUUUAAUUGCAAAAAGGACGAGGAUAUUCUGCAGUGGGAAAGGAAAAGACGCCGGCCGCUCGAGGAAUCAAUCGGUUUUGCCAUUUGAUUGGAGUUUGUCGAGAGUAAAGGCUUCGUAAAUAAGAAUGAACGAACUAGAGAGCCUGCGCCAGGAGGCGGAAACUCUGAAAAAUGCGAUUCGGGAUGCUCGCAAAGUCGCAUGCGACACGAGUCUGGUCCAGGCAACUGCCGGAAUGGAGCCAAUCGGUCGUAUCCAAAUGCGGACGAGACGUACGUUGCGUGGUCACUUGGCCAAAAUUUACGCCAUGCACUGGGGCAGUGACUCUAGAAAUCUAGUGUCCGCAUCCCAAGACGGGAAAUUAAUAGUAUGGGACAGUUAUACUACGAAUAAAGUCCACGCCAUACCUCUGCGAUCAUCAUGGGUAAUGACCUGUGCCUACGCACCAUCAGGGAGUUACGUAGCCUGCGGUGGUCUUGACAACAUUUGCUCCAUAUACAGUUUAAAAACUCGGGAGGGCAACGUACGGGUUAGUCGGGAGUUACCUGGUCACACUGGAUACUUGUCUUGCUGUCGGUUUAUCGAUGACAAUCAAAUAGUCACCAGUUCUGGCGACAUGUCUUGCGCACUUUGGGACAUUGAAACUGGCCAGCAGUGCACAUCCUUCAUUGGACAUACUGGUGACGUUAUGUCACUGUCAUUAGCACCGGACAUGAGGACUUUUGUAUCUGGGGCGUGUGAUGCCAGCGCUAAAUUAUGGGAUAUACGUGAGGGCUCUUGCAAACAGACUUUCCCUGGUCAUGAGAGUGAUAUUAAUGCUGUCACGUUCUUCCCCAAUGGUUAUGCAUUUGCUACUGGAUCAGACGACGCGACUUGCAGACUUUUUGAUAUACGAGCAGAUCAAGAAUUGGCGAUGUAUAGCCAUGACAAUAUUAUUUGUGGUAUCACCAGUGUCGCAUUUAGCAAGAGCGGUAGACUUUUGCUCGCUGGUUACGAUGACUUUAAUUGUAACGUCUGGGAUUCCAUGAAAAGUGAACGCGCAGGAAUCCUCGCGGGUCACGAUAAUCGUGUGUCCUGCCUUGGAGUAACUGAAGACGGCAUGGCCGUGGCAACGGGAUCAUGGGACUCAUUUUUACGUAUCUGGAAUUAAAUAAUUAUCGCGAGUUGUUAAUUAAUUUAAACAAGUAAAUAAA